CCGGCAGAGGGAGGGGACGAGCUGCUGGGCCCGCGUAGGCUGCUGAGGAGGCCUCUUGCAGGUACAGCCGCGGUCGGGGUCCCCAGCCGAAGGUUGAGUGGCCCACCGGCCUCUGACUGGGGUGUCAUUGCAGGGCCGCCCCCAUGUUGCGUUUUCCAACCUGUUUCCCAUCCUUCCGGGUGGUGGGAGAGAAGCAGCUACCGCAGGAGAUUAUUUUCCUGGUCUGGUCGCCCAAGCGGGAUCUCAUUGCUUUGGCCAACACAGCGGGCGAGGUUUUACUUCAUCGACUUGCAAGUUUUCACCGAGUUUGGAGUUUUCCACCAAAUGAAAACACAGGGAAGGAAGUGACCUGUUUGGCUUGGAGACCAGAUGGCAAACUUUUGGCCUUUGCUCUUGCUGACACCAAGAAGAUUAUUUUGUGUGAUGUGGAAAAGCCUGAAAGCUUGCACUCCUUUUCUGUGGAGGCCCCAGUUUCCUGUAUGCAUUGGAUGGAAGUGACCGUAGAAAGCAGUGUUUUGACAUCCUUUUAUAAUGCCGAAGAUGAAUCAAAUCUUCUCUUACCUAAACUACCUACGUUGCCAAAAAAUUACAGCAACACCUCAAAAAUAUUUAGUGAAGAAAAUUCUGAUGAAAUUAUUAAGCUCUUGGGAGAUGUCAGGCUUAAUAUUCUUGUCCUUGGAGGAAGCUCUGGAUUUAUUGAGCUUUAUGCUUAUGGAAUGUUCAAAAUUGCUCGAGUCACAGGGAUUGCUGGUACUUGUCUUGCGUUGUGUUUAUCAAGUGACUUGAAAUCCUUAUCAGUGGUCACAGAGGUUUCUACCAGUGGCGCCUCAGAAGUUUCAUACUUUCAGCUUGAAACCAAUCUAUUAUACUCUUUCUUGCCUGAAGUAACUCGGAUGGCCAGGAAGUUUACUCAUAUUUCAGCUCUUUUACAGUAUAUUAAUUUGUCACUAACAUGUAUGUGCGAAGCAUGGGAAGAAAUCCUGAUGCAGAUGGAUUCUCGUCUCACCAAGUUUGUGCAGGAAAAGAACACCACCACAUCAGUGCAAGAUGAAUUUAUGCACCUGCUGUUGUGGGGGAAAGCAAGUGCUGAACUUCAGACUCUCUUGAUGAACCAAUUAACAGUAAAGGGUUUAAAAAAGCUUGGCCAGUCUAUAGAGUCGUCAUAUUCCAGUAUACAAAAACUGGUUAUAAGUCACUUACAGAGUGGCUCAGAAUCUUUAUUGUACCAUUUGAGUGAAUUGAAAGGAAUGGCUUCGUGGAAGCAAAAAUAUGAACCUCUUGGACUAGAUGCUGCAGGAAUUGAAGAUGCUAUUACUGCUGUGGGUUCUUUUAUCCUCAAGGCAAAUGAACUUCUUCAAGUUAUAGAUAGUAGUAUGAAAAACUUCAAAGCCUUUUUUCGGUGGCUAUAUGUGGCAAUGUUGAGGAUGACAGAAGACCACGUGCUUCCCGAGCUUAACAAGGUCAUGACUCAGAAAGAUAUCACAUUUGUUGCUGAAUUUCUUACUGAACAUUUCAAUGAGGCUCCAGACCUUUAUGAUCGGAAAGGAAAAUACUUUAAUGUUGAAAGAGUUGGUCAGUACUUGAAAGAUGAAGAUGAUGAUCUUGUGUCGCCCCCUAACACGCAGGGAAACCAGUGGUAUGACUUUCUUCAAAAUAGCAGCCACCUUAAAGACAGUCCUUUGCUGUUUCCUUAUUAUCCUCGAAAAUCAUUGCAUUUUGUGAAAAGACGGAUGGAGAACAUCAUUGAUCAGUGUUUGCAAAAACCAGCAGAUGUAAUUGGAAAAUCAAUGAAUCAAGCAAUCUGCAUUCCAUUAUAUAGAGAUACUAGAAGUGAAGACUCUACACGUAGACUGUUGAAAUUUCCUUUUCUGUGGAAUAAUAAAACUUCGAAUCUGCAUUAUCUUCUUUUUACUAUUUUAGAAGAUUCACUUUAUAAAAUGUGCAUCUUAAGGAGACAUACUGACAUUUCUCAAUCUGUAAGUACUGGACUGAUUGCCAUUAAAUUUGGGAGCUUUACAUAUGCCACGACUGAAAAGGUCAGAAGAAGCAUCUACAGUUGUUUAGAUGCACAGUUUUACGAUGACGACACAGUGACAGUAGUUCUUAAAGACACUGUAGGACGUGAAGGAAGAGACAGACUCUUGGUCCAGUUGCCCCUGUCAUUAGUGUAUAACAGUGAAGAUUCUGCAGAGUAUCAGUUCACUGGGAAUUACUCUACAAGGCUGGAUGAACAGUGCAGUGCUAUUCCCACACGUACCAUGCAUUUUGAAAAGCACUGGAGAUUACUAGAAAGUAUGAAAGCACAGUAUGUUGCCGGAAAUGGUUUUCGAAAAGUGUCUUGCGUGUUAAGCUCAAAUCUCCGUCAUGUGCGAGUAUUUGAAAUGGACAUAGAUGACGAGUGGGAGCUUGAUGAGUCUUCAGAUGAAGAGGAGGAGGCCACCAACAAUAAGCCUGUAAAGAUAAAGGAAGAGGUGUUGUCUGAGCCGGAGGCAGAGAACCAACCCGCUGGUGCUGCUGCUUUAGCGCCCGAUAUAGUCAUUAAAGUGGAAAAACUUGACCCCGAGCUAGACUCAUAAUCCAGUUUGCCACUUAUGUGUAUGUCGUUAGGGCAUCACGGACAUAGGACUUGGACUAAGACGUCUCAGAUCACUUGUAAUUUUCUUUGUGUAACAAAGAAAUAAAUGGUAAAUUUUAUUUUUUCA